AUGGCAGUAUUGACAACUCCAGAUAAGGAGAAGAUUAAAAGAGUUAUACCAAAAGCCAAUAAUAAAAUCAUUGAUGCAACAGUGGCAAGAUUAUAUAUUGCAUAUCCUGAUCCUACCAAAUGGGUUUAUACUGGAUUAAUGGGAGCAAUUGCCUUGGUUGAUGAUUUAGUAGGUCAUACAUUUUUCCUUAAAUUAGUUGAUAUUACUGGUCAUAGAGGUGUAAUAUGGGAUCAAGAAUUAUAUGUAAAUUUUGAAUAUAAUCAAGAUCGUAAAUUUUUCCACACUUUUGAAAUUGAAGAUUGUUUAGUUGGAUUAUUGUUUGAAGAUACCAAUGAUGCCAGUCAUUUUUAUAAACGAGUUAUUAAUAAAUCAAAAUAUGGAUCAAGUGCUACUGUGAAAAACAAAAGUGCAAUUGCAUUGAAAGAAAGAGUUGGAUCAACACCUGGCCAUCAAGCUCCUGGUCCAAGAGGUGAAUUUAUGGAUGUUAAUACAGCACAAAGAGCAAGAAGAGCCAAAGGUGUUUUGUAUUAUGAUGAUGUACCACCACCAGAAUGGAGAUCUUUAUAUGCAGAAUUAGAAUCUGCUGGUAUUACUGAGGAUAUGAUUGCUGAUAAUAGAGAGUUUAUUAAAGAUUAUAUUGCCAAGCAAGGUGGACCAUUGGUUGGUUUGGAACCACCAAUUCCUAGAAAAUUCCAAAGAAAACACGAAGUUGAACAUUCUAGUCCUGAGCCAACACGAGUAUCAUCAGUGGCAUCUAAAGCUAAGAAAGCACCACCACCACCUCCACCACCAGGUGUAGCACCUGCAAGUUCCACAACAACACCAGAACCAGUUUAUUCUCCAUCUCCGGUACCUGAACCUCCACAGAAUGCACCACCAGCAUAUUCAUCAUCAACUCCUACUCCCGAUCCAGUACCUUCAUCAGUACCAACACAAUCUGCACCUGUUCCAGCGCUACCAGCACAGGAGCCACAGAAGAAAUUCAAAUUACCACCGUUAACAGCAAAAGCACCACCAGUUAGAAAUACAUCAUUGCCAAGUGCAAGUGAAUUAAGAGACAAACCGUUACCACAAUCUCCAAUGUCACCGGCAUCACCGGCAUCACCAGCAUACGCAACCCAUCAACAACAACAACAACAUCAAAAUACAGUUCAUCAUGUUCCACCGCCAUUAACAAAUAAUGGAAUGCAUGCACAAUUACCUCCAGCUCCUCCUGCAAGAGGAGUUCCACCACCUCCACCAGCUAGAGGAACACCUCCUGCCCCACCCCCAAGAGCAGGAACAGCCUCAAGUUUAGGAAGCCAUCCAACUUUGCCUCCAAGAAAUGCACCAACAUUACCUGUAAGAACAAACACACAAUCCAGUGUAGGUUCUGGAACUCCACCAGCACCACCUCCACCUAGAAGAGGUGCACCACCACCAGCACCACCUCCAAGAAGUAGAGUCCCAUCACAACCACAACCACAACCACCAGCACAAGCUCAACCAAUACAACCAUCGCCAAUGCAAGUCCAAUCACCUGUACCACCUGCAUUACCACAAACAGCGAGACCACCUAUUGCUACACCUCAGCAAGUUUCUGCACCACCGCCACCGCCACCUUUACCACCUCAAAUGAAUACGACUGCUGCUGUUCCAGCACCACCAGCACCACCUUUACCACCUCAGAUGAACACCUCAGCAGCUGCCCCACCUCCGCCGCCUCCAAUGCCACCUCAGAUGAAUGCUUCAGGGGCACCACCACCACCACCUCCGCCACCUCCAAUGCCAGACAUGUCAUCAGGCAACACUGGAGGAGGAUUAUCGGAAUCAACAGGGGAUGCUGGCAGAGAUGCAUUAUUAGCAUCUAUUAGAGGAGCAGGUAUUGGUGCAUUAAAGAAAACGGACAAAUCACAAUUAGAGAAACCAAGUGUAUUAUUACAAGAAGCCCGUGGUGAACCAGUAUCUACACCAGCUUCAACAUCAGGAGGAGGAGCAGGAGGUGCACCACCAGGACAACCAGCUAGUUUAGCUGAUGCUUUAGCCGGUGCUCUUCAAAAACGUAAAAAUAAAGUUGCACAAAGUGAUGAUGAAGAUGACGAUGAUUGGUAA